AUUUUUCGGAAAAAUGUUUUGUGAAUUAAGCGACGCAGAGAUCAUACGAUGCGAUCACGGCUUCCAAUUAUUCGACCUCGAUGGGAAUGGGCUGAUGAACACAGAAGAAUUCAAGGACUACAUGAAUGAAUUAUCCUUGAAACCAUCGGACGAAGAAGUGCAAGACUUCUUCGAAAACUACAAAAUCCACGACGAACUCUUCGAAGUGGACGUAACGAGCGUCGUCAAAUACCUGAGCGAGUUUUUGUCGGGCACCAGAGACGAGGAGAGGCUUCGUGAAGCAUUCGAAGUUUUCGACCACGAGAAAACAGGCUUCGUCCUCGCUUCCGAGAUGAAGUACAUGCUAAUGAACUUCGAGGACACGCUUACGGAACAGGAAGUAACGGAACUGUACAGGGAAGUUCGCAUAAACGACGACGGCGAGAUUUUCUACGAGGAAUUUGUCGAGGUUAUGAAGCCUGAGGACCCGGAUACUCAGCUCAUUGUCGAGGAGUAUACUGACACUGAGUCGUCUUCUGAAAAUGCUUCGGAAUGUUGUAUUGAAAACAGAGAAUGCUAA